AUCGAAACACAAUUAAAACUACUCCUCAAGAAUAUAAGAGAUAAUAACAAACCCAUUGAACACAUCCCCACCUCAUCAGCCGAUACCGCAAUAAAAAGUUGUAAUGAUAUUGAUUACAAUCUCAUCAGGAAAUGGACCACAAAUAUAACAAACGAUAAAAUUUUGAGUAUAUGUGAGACGGCAUCGGGAUGUAAGUCAACCCAACAACUCACUCAACUAAUCCACAGAUCAUACAAAAAGCCACUUCCCAUACAAUUGAGUGAAUCGAUUGUGAGGUUGUGUCCAUUGAUAUUGUUUGGACCCCAAGAACACCAAUGCACUCAACAAACUGAUAGCCCGACCCGUAAGCUCCAGAACCGUCCCAAUUCUGGUGCCGUUUGGGGCUUCAGUAUACUAUUCGUGACAAUUGUGAGCUUCUGUUCGCUGAUAGGGAUCGCAAUCCUACCGUUCCUUACGAAAGGCACAUAUGAAGUCAUAAUAAUGGUGUUCGAGGGCUUAGCGGUCGGCAGUUUAGUCGGUUCCGCGAUCUUUCAUCUCAUUCCUCAGGCCUUCAAUCUGGCGAUUGUCGGCGGAACUCAUGCCUACCUCUGGAAAGCACUCAUAGUCUUCGGCGGCAUUUAUUUUUUCUUUUGGUCCGAAAGGAUCAUAAAUAUGGUGACAGACUUUCAGAAGAAAAAAUCAGUUAAACCCGAGUUGGAUGUGGAGCCACACGACUCACAAAAAAAAGUUCACUUUAAAGACAUUGAUUAUCACAAACCCAAUGGAGUAUCAAAGAGCACCGAUACUCCGGCACCUAAUGACAACAUUUCCGGACAUACGAACCAAUCAGUUGAUACAGAACUGACUGUCUAUCCAUUGGUCACAAGUGAACUAAAAAGUGUCGACAAAUCAGUGGACAUAAGACACGGUCACUCGCAUGGGAGUGGUGGGGAUGGGAGUGAGAAACGGGAGAUUGCCACAAUGGCCUGGAUGAUUAUUUUUGGCGACGGACUCCACAACUUCAUCGAUGGCAUCACAAUCGGCGCCGCCUUUUCUCAGAGCAUCCUCGAGGGGAUCAGUAUAUCAGUGGCUGUUAUUUGCGAGGAGUUUCCUCACGAGUUGGGAGACUUCGCAGUACUUAUAGCGUCGGGUAUGACGAUGAAGGAGGCGUUGGGCUACAACUUUGUGAGCGCCUGUACCUGUUAUGUGGGCCUUGUAUUUGGCAUAUUGUUGGGGGGUUUGGAGGACGCGGCCCCCUAUGUGUUCGCAUUCGCCGGCGGAAUGUUCUUAUAUAUAGCACUCGUCGAUAUGAUGGCUGAGUUGACGGCAGCCCUCGAUAGGGCCCGCCCUAAAGGGGUCGGAGAAACGCUUAAAGUUUUAUUUUUACAAAAUAUUGGCAUUGCUUUGGGAAUCAUAAGCGUGUUCUUAGUGGCCAAGUAUGGCGAUAGGAUUAAUUUUAGUACA